AUGUACUGCAUCCUCAUUGACCAUCCGGUCGAGGGGUGUAUACUCUGGGAGACAGGCUGUGGCAAAGACUACCCGACUGUGUGGGGACCGCAGGUCGCCGACGUCUUCACGCGAGUCAAAUACGAGCCGCGUCACGAACUGGAUGCUGCAAUUGAGGCUACUGGCCAUAAGCUCGAGGACAUCAAGAAGAUCAUCAUUAGACAUUUGCAUUUGGAUCAUGCCGGCGGCCUAGACAUGUUCCUGGACCGGAAGGACGUCGAAGUCUGGGUACAUGACCUGGAACUCAAGUCCGCCUUCUGGUCCGUCGCUACCGGUGCGGAUAUCGGGGUAUAUUUGAAGCACUACUUGAGACUGGACCUCAACUGGAAGACUUUUGAUGAAAGGGUGAUGGACUUCUGCCAAGGCAUCACUCUUCAUCACCUGCCCGGCCAUACAGAUGGGCUCAUAGGAAUGCAGAUCAACAUGCCUGAGAGCGGGACUUUCUUGUUCAUCAGUGAUCAUUGCCACGUCAUUGAGAAUUGGAGAGACGGAAUACCGCAAGGCUGGCUUGCUCGAGACCAUCCUGCUUGGUUCCGCAGUACUCAACGCCUGAAGCACAUCGAACGCCUGACGCGUGGCAAGGUCAUUCCAGGCCACGAUGAGACGACGUUCCUGGAGCUGCAGCAAGCUCAGCAGAAGCAAGGCGGCUUCUUCAUGUGA